AUGGAUCCUAUACUAUUGAUGAACCCGAGCAGCACAAUUGCCUAUGAUCAGGUGUCGGACAUAGAUGCGAAUGCGAACUGCACAGAGAUACAUCAAGUUCUGUCACCGACGCAUAUAACCGAAAUUCCAGUUGAAAUUCUCAGCGUUAUCAUGGAGUUCACCAUACCACCGACUCAGUAUUUCCUAGAUUCCACUGUCAUUGCUCGUGGCAAUCGUUCCUCGCGGUCUUUUUCGCUGCAGACCCUUAGGAACAUUGUGCUAGUAUCCAGGUACUGGUAUAAUGUCGUCAUCAACUUCCUCUAUCGCCAUGUUGUCAUUCUACAGAGCAAGCAACUCUUCGCGCUUGCAUAUGCUGUUUCGAACAACCGCAGCCUUAGCGAGCUAAUACUAUCUCUGCACCUGCAGUGUUAUGUUUCAGUGUCGCAGGCGGUUACAAUCUCAAUGACUCUGGACGACAUCUUAGCGGUGACUCCAAAUCUUACUAAAGUUACCAUUGCGCCCAUCUUGAAGAGAGACCACUUUUUUCUUGGUCACGAGUUUCUCCGCAUGAUCGCUCUCGCGCAGAACACCCCCUCUCGCACCACAGAUCUGCACUUCCCUAUCAAUCCCACGCUUAUAGAAACCCUGAACCUCUUGCCAGCUUUCACAUGCCUCACUACUUUCCAUAUCGAUAUGUCCAUCGGAAGAAACGAUGCACUCCCCACCGGGCACACACAUCUUGCCUUUUUGGAAGAGCUGCACAUUACUUGGCAGCCGCACCAACACGUCAUGAACGUCUUUUCUGCACUGGCUGAGAUCCUCAGCCUCCCCUCUCUUCGAUGUCUCCUUUUGACAUCACAAGCUGCUGGCGGCGCGAGUGUUGAGCCACUGUUGCGUAAAUUUGGACGCAGUCUCCACUUUGUCUCUUUGGUUAGGCCAUACAUAAAGAAUGUCCAUCUUAGGUUUGACUACUCUCCUCCCCCUCCCCCUGCCCCACUAGUGACUCCACUACUUUCCAUGUGUCCAAAUUUACGCCACCUCGCCACAGACACAUUUUCCAAUCCGAAUGCUUAUGCAUGCACACUUGACAUGGGUAGACUUAUGGGUUCCGAUAAAAUUUUUGGAUCCAAGCGAACAGUCAGCUGUUACUCUUGUUCCUCACGAAGAGAGAGUCAAGCUCCCUUCGUUGCGGGGGGUGCGGUUACUCGACCGUUCUUUAUUCCCGUUCACUGGCGUGCGCACGCCGCUCCUCAUACCGCCAGAUAUGGUUGGGAACCCUAUGUCGGACAUAGCCCUAUUCGAGUGCGGGGGGCUUACUCCCGGCUAGCUAUCUCGGGCCAAGGCCGACUGCCAACUUCGUACAAGGGAACGGCUGUUGGGGUAGAGUAUGGGUAG